UCUUCGUAGCUUGUGGCUGCAUUCGGGCAUGUCAUGACUUUGGCCCCUGUUGCAGAACUCGGGCAAGUCUGCAUUCUUUCUCCAGUUGCUAGACUCGUACAUUUCGUAGCAUCGUCCCCAGUUGUCUAGUUGAGCGCGGCACAUAUGAUGUGUGUUUAACAAGAAAAAAUUGUACGGAUGUUCCCUAUUCGCUGGUCCCUCCGCCUCUUUCUUGACCGGUAAUCCACACAUUAAUACUAUAUAUUCCCCCUCAAGAUGAUUCCAGAGAAGCAAUAUGCUCAGCGACGAUUUGCUACACGUGCACUCUCUCCCAGAGAGUUCUGGUUUCAAACUAUCCCAAUCUUCUUUAAAAGCACCUUCAUAACGACACCGCUUUUCUCCAUUGCUUACUCUCGUCAUUCGUCUAUUCCGCACAAACCUCAGAAACACAAAUCACACACCUGAACAAUGUUUUUUACUUCCCUCAGGCAUCUGGGACCGCCCUUCAUGGUCGCCAUCGCAUCAACACAAGCCCUGCCCUUCCCCCUCGCAAGCCCCACAGGAACACCAACACCAUAUCCACCGUCGAAUAUCCCCCAAUCCAGCACAGAUGACUGGCGGAACAUCCUACUAGGCUCUCUCUCCAUCAUAGUCACGGUUACGGUACCCGUCACUAUUUGUCUCAAGGCGACUCGGAAGCUUCCUGCGAACGAAGGUGUUCCGCCCCAUGUGGAAGUACCAAUGGAAGUCCGAAGCAGUAACGAACCUUCUAUCCCCGCCUUCUAUAACCCCAACCAUAACGAAUAAUGUCAUCACAACAAAUGAUACUCCCAACCCUUUCCGUAACAUCUAAUACAAUAUCAAAACAUACUUCCCUUCAAUCUCCCCAUCUAUCCUGACUUGUCUUAUAGUUGUGACAGCAUCGCGAUCUAAAAAGAUUCGGCACAAGAACGUCCUCUAACAUUCUUCUCUCCACCCUGUACCUCUCCCUUUAACUUCAUGCCCUACCUGCUACCAGGCUUUAGCCAUAUGUCCGAUUUUUCGAAUUCGAGAAAGGGCGUAAGAUACCACAUCAAUAGAAUGCAACUUUCUCGUGAAUGAAAUACUACAUUUCUAGUUCUGCAAAAUUCCUUUCUUCCUUGUGAUACUACCUACCGAGAAUUGUGUUGUACCCAAUCUCUUCGAUUGCUGUAUCUUUAAAACUUCACAAACAUAAACAAGAUUAAAAGGGAAGAAGGAAGUUUGAGAUGUGAGAAGCGUAGUAAUGUAGAGCAGCAUUGGAAUAGCAAUCAAUAUUGAAAAACAACAAGCAU